GAAAUAAAGAAAAAGAAGCAAUUUUGACAUUAUAAUAAUAUACGGAAUGAGGAGGAUCCCAACAGGCAAACAAGUGAAAGUUUGAAUCUUUCCAAAAAUCAUGUAAUAUAGUUCCAAUUUAGGUAAGUGGACUUGCCAAAAUAAAGAGGCAUAUGGAUUUCUAUUGUGAGUUGUGCACCUUGUAUUUCUCAAAAUCGCAACGCACAUCCCCACGAUUUUUGUGAAAGUAGAGGUGGGAGGGAUGCUGAUAGAAAUCAAUCUGCAUGGAUUAACAGCUAAGGAGAAAGGGAUGGUAAAGUUAUCUAAUUUAAUCAACGACUGAUGAGUCCACAUGUACUUGCAAUGUGGAAAUGGAUGGCCAUUUAAACACCAACUAAAUAGUGUCCAUCACUAUAAAUUUGUAGGCCCAUUCAUUCCUAUCAACCCCUUCAAUUUGCUCCUCUUUCAAGUAAAGCUGCACCCUUUUCUAUGUGUGUGUGUAUAUAUAUGCACACAAUUUCACACACAACACGCACUAUAGAAUACUAUAUAUAAGUUUUCUUUUCUUACCAUUUUCAUUCUUCUCUUUUAGCUAGUUCCUUUUACACACACACACACAUAGAGUUACAGAUAAGUAGCUCUUUUGUCUUUGCAUUUCAAUUCUUUGUAGUUAGUGUCUUCUUGAUAUUCACAAAACAGAUACACACACAGAGUGUGUGUAACUAAGUGAAGAUGAAUGAGCAUAGAGAUGACAGGACAUGGUGCUAUUUUCACCCAAGAGAGGUGGUUGUAGGGGUUUGUGCCUUGUGUUUGAAUGAAAAGCUCUUAGUUUUAGCUUCAAAGCAAAAAGCCCAUCUUCACCAAACUAACAACACUUACAGUCUGACACCAAAAAGGGUCAUCCCGAAGAUUUUUGCUCUCACAAGUUUGCUCAAUCGUUUGGACAUCAAACAGCAGAAAUCUGAGGUUUGUGACAGUUCAUCAUCAACCUGCAGUCAAGAAGACUCCUUUAUAUCAAUCAAGUUUGAGGACAAUGGUGUUGCCUCAUGGGACAAAGGUAAAACCACCAAAAUGCCCCAUGAUCAACAAUGUGAAAUGUCUAAUUGGGAUCAAAGUAAUUGGGACAAGGCCAAGAAGAUCAAGAGUGUGGUAGAACAUGCCAAACCGCGUGCAACGCUGAGGUGGCGGCGUCGGAUUGGCCACCUCUUCCAGCUCAUCAGAUGGAAGAGGUCCAGCAAAAGCAAUAUGUGUCAUGUGGGCACAAAGCUAGAAGGAGGAAAGGUUAAAUAUGGAUGGAUAAGGACUCUGACAAAGAGGAGGACCAAAGAAUAAAAAGGGUUUUGUACAGAAAGAGAUUCUCCACCUUUUACCUCCAUUAAGCUAUUCCCACAUUUUAUGCGUAUGGGAAGUCAUCAUACUAUACAUGGUUGAGAUGACAUGCUCAAACUUUCAUCUCUAUUACCAAUUCCUUCACAAAAUAUGCAUGAAAACUUAAAGUUCAUUUCUAUGUAAGUUUCUUUACUAGAAAUGAGAGAGCAAUAUAUAUCUUCAUGAAUGAAAGUACACAUUGUUCAAACAUCAA